UCAAUCAGGACGUGAGCCCGCCCGCCCGCCGAAGGCGAUUGGCCACUGCGCCGGAAGUGCGGCGGUGCGGGCGGUGCACGGCCGGGCUUGUGGCGGUGCAGGUGGGUGAGGGCCGCGGCCGCGUUGGGUCGGGCAGCGCCGAGCCGGGCAGCUUUGCCCACCUCCGGCCCGUUCACUGCUGCUGUGUGCCCUCUGCUUUCUACAGCCGCGACUUCCUGGCCGCCCACCCCGACAACGCUUGGCGUGGUUGCUUUCAACCCUUCCCCGCGUCGUUUCCACUCCCGGUGCCGGCCGUUGCGCGGCCGCCCCCGAACUUCCACGCUGUUACCCCACGUCCGUGUCGUUUCCCCGGCUCAUGUGGGAUAGCCAGAGCGCUGUCCCGCUUAAGCUUCCUGCGAGACGCUGGGGUGGUUUCCCGGGCCUGAACCACAUGAGUUUUCGGAGGUGUUAGUUGUGCUUGCAGUGCUCCGGUUCCUGAGGCUGUUGGUGUCUCCUCGCUUCUCACAGGCGCUUCUCGCCACCAUGUUUGUGCUGGUAGAGAUGACUGAUACAGUGAGAAUUCCUCCCUGGCAGUUUGAAAGGAAACUGAAUGAAUCCAUUGCUGAAGAGCUAAACAAGAAGUUAGCCAAUAAGGUUGUAUACAAUGUUGGCCUCUGCAUCUGCCUGUAUGAUAUCACAAAGCUGGAAGAUUCAUACAUAUUCCCUGGAGAUGGUGCCUCACAUACCAAAGUGCACUUCCGCUACGUGGUCUUCCAUCCCUUCCUGGAUGAGAUUCUGGUUGGACAGAUCAAGAGCUGCAGUCAGGAUGGUGUUCAUGUUUCUAUUGGAUUCUUUGAUGAUAUUGUCAUCCCACCAGAAUCCCUGCAGCAGCCAGCUAAGUUUGAUGAAGCAGAGCAGGUGUGGGUGUGGGAAUACGAGACAGAAGAAGGAGCCCAUGACCUUUACAUGGACAUUGGGGAGGAGAUCCGCUUCCGAGUCGUGGAUGAAACCUUUGUUGAUACAUCUCCGACAGGUCCAAGCUCUGCAGAAGCUUCCACGUCAAAUGCCACAGAAGAAGUCCAGAAGAAAGAGGCACCCUACACUCUUGUGGGAUCCAUCAGUGAGCCAGGCCUGGGCCUCCUGUCAUGGUGGACAAACAGUUAGCCCAAAUCAGCCUCCUCCACAGAAGUCUUUCCGGUGGAUGUUUGGGGGAACAAUGGGGUCCUGCUGGUGCUCACUGCUCCUCUGAAGCUGAAUGAGAAAUCAGAGCUGCCAUUUGUUGUCAUCCCUUCAGCUUCCAACCUGCCAGACCACGACAGUUGCUUUCAAGAAAUGUCUUCACUGCUCUGUAGAAAUUAAUCUACAGGCACAAAACCCCUUGAGCACAGCAGCAACAAACUCAGCUGGAGCUUUGGGCUCCUGCCCUGGAGGGAAAACUGGGGAGGUCUUUACUUGCCUGAAUUAAGAAGGGAGCUGACUUGCGUGAAAGGAGAGAAUGCUUGUCAAGAUACAUUGCUUCCUUGGGCUGAGAGCUGGACCUCAGAGGAGGACAAACCCACCCUUCUUUUGACAGGAAAUGGAGAAGAAACAGCAAAAGACAGAGCUCCUAGAGGUGUGGUACUCCGGGCACCUGGGAAGAGCUGCUGCUGGGAGGGUGAGGAUGGUGGUGGUAAUGUUCUCCUAAGAAUGGGAAUGUAAGCCAUGGAUGAAGUCAGCCAGAAAGAAUUGGAAUGACAGUAGUUUACCUAAAAGUAACCUAGACUCUGCAAAGAUGACCACUGUGGAAAGCUACAGGCUGAUUACUGUAAUGAAUGGAAAUACUUCAUUGGGUGGGCUGUAUUGAUGUAGAAUGAGCUCAACUUUGCAGGAGUUUGACUGAAAAAUACAUAGUUAUGAACUGAAA